AUGUCUGAGCCUAUUAGGAACAAGAAGGCGGACUUUCCGGUCGCACCGACACCGCAAAACACACCGGCUAACAAUGCACCUAUCUCUUCUCAUGCUCAACAACCCGGUGUUGCAAGCAUCAAAGAAGAGUCACUCGAUCACGCUACGGCUGCUUCUCUUUUUGCAAGGAAUCCCGGGCUUGUGUCCAUGAUUCAAGGUAAACUUGGGUCGCUUGUCGGGCGCUCAUCAGGCUACAUCGAGUCUCUCCCUGCCCCGGUCCGUCGCCGUGUUGCUGGCUUGAAGGGUAUUCAGAAGGAGCAUGCCAAGCUCGAGGCUCAGUUUCAGGAGGAAGUCCUCGAGCUUGAGAAGAAGUACUUUGCCAAAUUUACACCCCUCUAUCAGAGACGUGCCACGAUUGUCAAUGGGGCUGCAGAACCGACCGACGACGAAGUCCAGGCCGGCAAGGAGGAAGAAGAAGAAGAAGAGGUAGAUGUUAAGGCCGAAGAUGAGCGCAAGCAGGAGGAGAAAGACAUCACAACGCCUGGAAUCCCUGAAUUCUGGCUCUCCGCCAUGAAGAACCAAAUCUCCCUUGCAGAAAUGAUCACUGAUCGGGAUGAGGAGGCUCUCAAACAUCUCACCGAUGUUCGGAUGGAGUAUCUUGAUCGCCCUGGUUUCCGACUCAUAUUUGAAUUCGCGGAGAACGAGUUUUUCACCAACAAGACUAUCUCAAAAACUUACUACUACAAGGAAGAGAGUGGUUACGGUGGUGAUUUCAUCUAUGAUCAUGCGGAGGGUUGCAAGAUCGACUGGAAGGCUGACAAGGAUCUUACUGUUCGCGUGGAAAGCAAAAAGCAACGCAACAAGAACACCAAACAAACCCGAGUCGUUAAGGUCACAGUUCCUACCGAAUCCUUUUUCAACUUCUUCUCUCCUCCACAACCACCGACUGACGAUGAUGACACCAUCGCCACUGACAUUGAAGAACGCCUCGAACUUGACUAUCAGCUUGGCGAGGACAUCAAAGAGAAGCUUAUCCCGCGUGCAAUCGAUUGGUUUACCGGCGAGGCUCUCCAGUUCGAGGAGUUGGGUGACGACAUGGAUGCCGACGAGUUUGAUGAUGAGGACGAUGAAGACGAGGAGGAGGAUGAGGACGACGAUGAUGACCGAAGAUCCGAUCGCGAUGUUGACGAUGAGUCCGAGGAAGAGGUACGGUUUUUCUCUCUUUAUGCCUCCAAAUAUAUCUUUGCCUCUACUCCGUUCUUCACAACGAUGACAGCGUUGCCUCAAUCCUAA